AUGGAGAGUGUCAGUCCGGAGACUAGGACAUUUGAUGACCUGGACCUCGGUGAGUAUGGGCUUCUGUCUGAGCGUCACGCCACCUGUCAGGCCUCCCAGAGGUCAGUGAGGGAGAUCCAGGAGCGGAUCGCAGCCCUGGUGCUGAGGCACAGCCGGGCCCAGGUAGGGCAGCUGGACUCUGGGGAGAAGGAGGCCGCAGACAGGCCUCUGCAGCUCUCCUCCAGCAGAGAGGGCUCUGCUGAUGCUGAGCAAAGGCCUGAGGAGCAGGAGACCCUGCUCUCUCUGUCGACCAAGAUGUCAGAACACCAGAAACAGCUGGCUGACCUGCCGAACACAAUCAAGAUGUAUCCUCACCCCGAUGUUGUUGAAUGCUGUCUGGUUCUCCUGCACAUCAGCAAGUCUUCGUCUCUCUCAGAGUCGCUCCAACAAAAGGCCAAAGAUCUGCUCCGCAAAUACGGAACAAAUCCCUCCGUCCUCAAAACUGCUCAGAAAUUCCUUACCUGAAUCUUUCAUUUAAAGACUGAAAGAAGCACUUCCUUUGUA